AUAACAAAAGAAGGGAGUUGUAACAUGUAAGUGGUCUGUGAUACAGCUGCUGUACAGAAAAGCUUCUAGAUAAGUCGUGGAGGCCAAAACUUGGUCUUUUCCCCUUCCUUCAGAAUGACUCCUUUUUGGACUGCUGUAAUUUUUGUUCUUCUGGCACUAUUCUUAUGGAGAUGGUCACGACCUAAAAACUUUCCUCCAGGACCUUGGCCUGUGCCUGGGCUUGGAAAUUUCUUACAAGUGGACUUCAGUAACCCUCUUCCAGAAUUUAAAAAGCUGGCGAAGAAGUAUGGGAAUGUGUUCAGCAUCUACAUGGGCAACAAUCUCGUAGUCGUGCUGCAUGGAUAUCAUGCACUAAGGGAAGCUCUAGUGAACUAUGGGCCUUUGUUUGCUGACAGACCAGUUGAUCCAAUGCUUGACAGGCUGCUAGAGAACAGAGGUAUUGUUGGAGCCCGUUAUGGCCAAAGCUGGAAAGAACAGAGGAGAUUUUGCUUGAUGCUGUUGAAAAACUUUGGUCUAGGAAAAACGUCCAUGGAAACACGGAUCUUUGAAGAGGCAAAACACAUGGUGAAAUAUUUUAAAGAGAAUGAAGGCCAUGCAUUUGAUCCAAGACCCAUUAUUUCCAACACAAUAGGCAAUAUCAUGAGCUGUAUCUUGUUUGGAAGACGUUUUGCAUAUGAAGAAGAGACAUUACACAGAAUCCUCAAGCAGAUUAGUGAGAUAUCACUGACUCUUUGUACUUUCUGGGGAGAGCUCUACAAUGCAAUACCGUUAAUCCGGGGCCUUCCACUGCCUUUCCAAAAAGCUAUUAAAAACAUGGAUAUUAUUAAAGGAUUCCUGCAUGACAUAAUAGAGGAGCACAAAAGGACAUUCACACCAGGAGACCCAAGAGACUUCAUAGACAAAUAUUUAGAAGAAAUUGCAAUGAGACAAAAUGAUGGGUCUUCAUUUAAUGAUGAAAACUUGCAUACCUUAAUGUUUGAUCUUUUGGAAUCAGGAUCUAAUACACAGGCUUCUGCAACAUUAUGGUCACUGCUUCUUCUGAUGACUUACCCUGAUAUUCAAGAGAAGUGCUACGGUGAGAUACAUUCAGUUUUUGAUGGCAAAGAAGAAAUAAGUUACAUGGACAGAGCCGACAUGCCAUAUACAACGGCUUUCAUUCACGAAGUGCAACGAUUUGCAGCUAUAGUUCCAUUUGGAGUUUCCCACUGUUUCACUAAAGAAGUUUCUUUUCUUGGAUAUACCAUCUCACCAAAUACUCGUGUAGUGAUUGAUCUCUCCUCAGCACUCUGGGAUGAAUCCCAGUGGAAAUUCCCUAAUGAGUUCAAUCCAGCCAAUUUCCUCAAUGGUGAUGGAGAGUUUGUUAAGCCAGAUGCAUUUUUACCCUUUUCAGCAGGUCCGAGAAUGUGCCUUGCAGAAAAUCUUUCUCAUAUGGAAACCUUCAUUAUAAUUUCAACAUUACUGAAGCAUUUUGAAUUCUUUUGGCCUGAAAAGUCCACAGUUCCAGACCUUACACGCGCAUUUGCCAUAGUCCAUUUUCCUAUUCCAUAUAAAGUGGGUUAUAAAAGCAGAUGAAAUUGCUUAACGUAACUAGGAAUAAAUCUUGAACAAAACAGAAUCUUCAUACUGAAUUAAUGUUUGCUUUGCUUUUAAUGUUAAAUUUAUUUUAAUUAUCUUAAUUAACAUUAUCUGUUAAAUAUUAUGUGCUGUAUAAACCUUAAAGUUAAUCCAUUUUGUGGAAUAUUAUACUUAAGUAACCAGUUGUGGGAAUGGCUGAUACGUUUCUUGUAAUUUGUGAAUAAAUUCUGAGACUGCAGCCUGCAACAGGUAAUCACUACAUAGCUAAUAAUGAGGCUUUUAAAAGUAUUUUGUUUAAUAGGUUUGUGUUACUUCCUUACUCGCCCAUACAAAAUUAUUGAUACAUACUUAUUAGCACAUUUCCUUGCUUGCUGCCUCAGCUGUCACUACCAGUCACAAAACAGCUAACCUGCUUCUUUCUCCCUGUUCUUGGAAUUACAUUUAGUUUGAUGUAUGCAUAAUUUAAUUAUUUUGUUUUAUGCAUUUGUUAACUGGGUAAGCCUGCUAGGAACAAUUGUCCCUUUUCAGUAUUUACCCAGGAGUACUAUCUGAUUAAGGGACUUGCUCGGAGUUAUAUAGUAGAUUAAUGGAGAUGGAAGGAAUCAAACACUGUGCCUUGGGCUACAGGAAAGCUUUAAUCCUUUUUUGCUUACUGCUAGGAAUUAUUCUAAAGUUAUAUGAGAUCUUAUGACUCCUACACUAUACAAUAAUUAACCAGUCCUGAAGGUUUUUCACUAUAUGGUCACUUAGGUAACAUUUAUUUUAGCUACAUACAGCUGUCUUCAUGUUAUGAAGUACGGACAAUUAUCAUUCACAGACCACAGCUAGGCAUGUGGUGUAAUACUUCCAUCUCAAAAAAGUGAGAGCACAACAGUGGGUGGCCUUUGUUUCCCCUGAUAAUCUGAGUCUGACACUUUCAAUAUUAAACUGCAGAUCUGGCUUCACAUUACAAGAUACUAUGUUUAUGUGAAAAUUCUGAGUUUGUUUUAUAUAAAAUCCUGCCCUAGUGCCUCUCUAAUUUUUACCUUUCAUUGAAUCAGAGCUACAAUGCAAAUGCAUGUUAUUUUUAAUGUUAGUGGUCCUUGAGUAAAUUAAUUAAUGUGAUCAGAAUAAAUCUUUGGUUUAAAAUGGCCAAGUAUGAUCCAGUGAAUGGUGUGAGACUUCUGUCAUUUCAUGACAUCUGUAGGUUAAUCAUCACAUGGUCAAUAAAAUAAGAUGGGUCACAGAAGGUCUUUUCCUAUAUACUGACUCAUGACAGAACUUAUCAGAGAAGCAAGUGUCAAAAACAUACCGGAUUCUUUCCUAGGAAGGGCAACACCACCAUCAGUUAUGUCUGAAGUAUAUGAGCCAAGUUUUCUCAUCAUGCAGAGCCUCAAAUAUUUAAGGAAAUGCUAAAGAUGUUUGGUUUAGCUGCUAGAAAGGAAACUUUCAUUUGUGAAUCACCACACACAAAACAAAUUUCAUCUUGAAGAAGAAGAUGUUUGAACCACAUUCAAAAUUGUUCUGACCGUGUAAGGAAAACAUUAGCCAGGAUUUUAAAAAAAUUGUAUUUUUUAACUGUGUUAAGUUACAUAAGCCUUGGCUACUCAGGUUGUGAUCACUAGAAGGGUUGGCUCACAGGCUGUGCAAGAUGCCUACAGUUUAACUGAAUGAAUUAAAUUUGACUGUGUACUGUAUUUUGCAUGUUGUUUUGUGAGCAUUGUUUUGCUUUUUGCUAUACAAUGCUUAUUAUAAUUCUAUUUUAAUUGUUAUGACAUGAUUGUAACUGACAGGAGUCCCAGUGGUCUUAUUUAGCUGCAUGUAAAACAAAUAAUUAAUGUAUAGUCAUUCACAUGUAAUAAAAGUUACUUGU